GAGACAAGGGCAGCAUUGCCAAUGAGCCAGUACUCGUCCAAAGUGCUUGAUCUCGUAUCUGAUCAUGUGUACAGUAUCGUGGUCGGCGCCACUGGCUCAGGCAAGACGACACAGGUACCUCAAAUCAUCCUCAACGACGCUAUCCGGCGAGGAGACGGAGGAUCUUGCGACAUCAUCUGCACUCAGCCACGACGUCUUGCCGCGUCUUCUGUGGCUCAGCGAGUGGCCGCAGAGCGAGGUGAACAGUUACGACAGUCGGUUGGCUAUCAGGUUCGAGGAGAUUCGAAGCUUCCUGAAUUAGGAGGCAGUAUCACUUACUGCACCACUGGUCUGCUGUUGGAGCGCCUGAAGUGGGAUGCUGACGAUGUAAUGGACAACACAUCGCAUCUGGUCAUAGACGAGGUGCACGAACGCGACAUCUCUAUCGACUUCCUGCUCAUAGUGCUGAAAAAGGCAAUCAGCGCCAGACAAGCUGCGGGCCGGAAAAUACCCAAAGUCAUUCUGAUGUCGGCCACAAUGGACACCAAACUCUUCUCGGCGUAUCUACCGAACCAGGUCGAUGGAAGGCUCGCGCCGUGUCCACACCUUGAUGUACCCGGUCGCACGUUCCCUGUCAAAGAAAAAUAUCUAGAGGAGGGGCUUGUACCUGUGGCACUCCUUGUCGCUACCAUAGCACAUAUCUGCAAAACGACCUCUGACGGAGCCAUCCUGGCUUUCCUUCCAGGCCUCCAGGAAAUCACAGCGACUGAGGAGUUGUUGAUGCGAAGCCCAAUCUUCGAUGUCGACUUCGCGAACGCAGAUGCGUUUCAGAUCCACUCGCUACAUUCAACGGUUCCUGUGGAAAAUCAACGGCAAAUCUUCGAGCCAAGUCCAAUCGGAUGUCGCAAGAUCAUUCUUUCGACGAACAUUGCCGAGACAAGCGUCACUGUUCCUGACGUCAAACAUGUUAUCGACCUUGGAAAGCUUCGAGAAAACCGUUAUGACCACAUUCAGCGCAUCACAUCACUAGAGACAGUAUGGGAAAGCAAUUCCAACGCUCGACAGCGAGCCGGUCGAGCCGGUCGCGUGUCGAGUGGUAAUUACUACGCCCUCUACUCCCUCGAGCGGAGGAAAGCCAUGUCAGCCUCUGGGCUGCCGGAGUUGCUUCGCGCCGACCUGCAGGAGACGUGCUUGUCCAUCAAGGCUCAGGGCUUUCAAGAAUCAGUCUCAAGCUUUCUUGCUGCGGCUAUCGAGCCACCGCCUUCCAACGCCGUAGAAGUCGCCCUGGAGAAUCUGAAAGCAAUCGAAGCUCUGACGUCUGAUGAGAGCUUGACUGCUCUGGGCGCUGUGCUUUCCAAACUCCCUGUUCAUCCCGCAUUGGGGAAAAUGGUCUUGCUGGGUAUCAUCUUCCGCUGUCUUGAUCCCAUGAUUAUCAUUAGCUCAAUGGGUACUGAGAGGUCGCUGUUCGUGACUCCGAUGGCUGAACGAGUGCGAGCCAAACGAGCGAGAGAGGAUCUGAACGUGGCCGAUUCAGACCACAUUGCUGCCUUGAAGGGCUUUCAAGAGUUGCGACAUUAU